AUGUACGCUACUCGUAUCAUGCGGCUCCAGGCCACCCGGCCUUACUUCUCUCCGGCUCCUAAGGAGAACCACAGCGCUCACACCAUCUCUCAGCGUUUGCGCAGCCUGAAGAAGAUUCCUCCGGAGUUGAUCCCUCUUGGUAUUGUUGCCCUCGGAGCUGCCGGUUACUCCCUGACCAAUAAGCUCUUGACCGACAAGACCCUGCGUCUCUACCGCAACAGCCCCGAGCAGCGUGAGCACUAA